CAACAAGUGAUAUAAAUACACUGGGGGGGAUCUAGAGAUAAGAAGAAAGAUUUUAUUUGUUAACAAUCAAUUCAAUUCGAAUUUCAUAUAACAAACACAAAUAAACUCUCAUACAAAAUGGCUCCAAAGGUUGCAAUUAUUAUUUACUCCACUUACGGACAUAUCACCACUUUGGCUGAAACUGUCAAAAAGGGUGUUGAAUCUGCUGGAGGAGUUGCUGAUAUCUUCCAAGUCCCAGAAACCCUUUCUGAUGAAGUUUUAGCUAAGAUGCAUGCUGCUCCAAAGCCAGACUAUCCAAUUGCUUCUCCAGAUACUUUGGUUCAAUAUGAUGCCUUCUUAUUUGGUAUUCCAACCCGUUUCGGUAACUUCCCAGCCCAAUUCAAGGCUUUCUGGGAUUCUACUGGUGGUUUAUGGGCUUCUGGUGCUCUUUACGGUAAGGCUGCUGGUGUUUUCGUAACCACUGGUACUCCAGGUGGUGGUCAAGAAACUACUGUUGUCAACUCUUUAUCUGUUCUUGUCCAUCAUGGUAUCAUUUAUGUUCCAUUGGGAUACAAGCCAGUUUUCCCACUUUUAACUUCUUUCGAUGAAGUACACGGUGGUUCUCCAUAUGGUGCUGGGUCCUUUGCUGGUGCCGAUGGUUCUAGACAACCAUCAAAGUUGGAGUUAGAAAUCGCUGAAAUUCAAGGUAAGACUUUCUACCAAACUAUUGAAAAGUUUUAAU